GUAUAAAACUCAGAAUAGGGGGGGAGGUAUCUGUUUUCAGUCUGUUUUUUGUAAAUUCAGCUAAAAAAAAGCCAGGGGUCAAUGGGUUAAUGUAUAACAUCGUUUUUCUUACAUCGGUUUUUUUCCAUGUAAUUUUAAUUUUAUUAACUUUGCCUGAUAAUAAAUAUAACAUAAUAAAUGAGACAACUACACACAACUACGACAUAUUGAGAAAAUUUGUAAUGGUGUAUUUGGAGAUGGCUUUCUUACACUCUUCAAAAGAAUGACAACUUUGAAUAAUUGACGAUUUGGAAGAGAUUUGAGAGUGUUCAUAGUUCACACUUUUGAUACAAUAUCUUCAGAUAUUUCAUCGUAUAGGCAAUCAACAGUUUUCUUGCUUUAAGUACCACCCUAUUCUUAAUCUGAAGUUUCAAGUUCGAUUCGGAACUGUAGAUAAAUAGCAUUUACUAUUAUACUAUGUCAACUCCAAACAAUAGGAGGUACCUCCACCACUGCAUUGCAUGACAAGAGAUGCUAUAGUACUGGCGAAGCUGGUCGGCCUUGUCCACGCCAGCCAUGUGCUUGUUGUUUAGACGAACAAUGGGGAGGAAAGAAAUGUUGAUAUCUCCAUCUUUCUGCUAAUGGUGGACAGUUUUAACUCCUAUAGCUUGGCAUUGGAUAUCCAAGAAGUUUACUACUUUCUUUUUCUUACAUGCUAUGUCAACUACUUUCUUUCGUAAAACCGAUUCAGUUUCUACAUUGUGGCCUUGUCUUUCAAAGCGGCUGGAAAGUCUUUUCAGUUAUCACAGAGAGUAUGAUAACGUUUUCGAAGCAUUUUCCCGUUAUGUUCGGUCCAUACAUUUUAGCCCAAACCUUGUUCGACAGUGCCGCUAUCUUGCUUUCCCGUCAAAACUCACACACAACGCCAUCUCCGAGUCCGCAAGGACCCAAACCGUUAUCCCUCCCUUGAUAGGCUCCAUUGGAAUGUACUGUCAGAAUCCUAGUUGUCCCUUAAACUUCACAAUAGCCUCAUCAUUGCUCACAUUUCCUGAAGGCCUAAAUUCAUCUGCUCUCUCCUAAAUUUAUUAUCAUCCCCCGGUCGUGCUAACAAAACAAUAAGCACACCUAUAUAUUGUUUGUGGUGUGCUCGGCUGAGAACCGCAGUUGUAUUUACAAAAAUUCUGGGUGAGUGAGUGUAUUAGAUAUUAAAUACUGAUACCUUGUCUAGAUAAUAUCUAAAAAGAGGGCAUGCAAAAUUUCCAAAGGGUUAAAAACCCCUAAGUGCUCGUAGCACUUAUACACAUUGAAAAUACGGGGAAAACCCCAGCCCUAAUGACCGCACCUCAUGCUAGCUGGGCAAGGCAAAUUAAAGUUUCUGAAAAUAGAUAAUCUAGUCUAGUCUAGAUAAUCUUUAACAGGAAUCCUGUUAUUGGCUGUGGCUGUAGCUCCACCAGAUCUAAGGUUUUGGAGACUGAUCUUCGACACGUCUGUAAUCCCAGUGAACGCCUCCUUGAUAAGUUCCCUUGUGUGAGAAUAGCUUAUUCCUUGAGAGCGCACCUUAGUAGAGCAAGAUUCAGGGCUCGAAAUAGAAAAAAAUUUUUUGGCAUGUCAUAGCAAAUUUUGAACUGCCAAAAAAUAUUUUGACCUGCCACAUUUUUUUACUGUAGAUGUGAGCAUUAAAUUUAAACUCUUGUAUUUGUAAUUUCAACUUUUCAAAACAUUCAAUUUCGUUUGACAACAUAAUUUUAACAUGUAUCUAAGAGAAGCUUUACUAAAGCAAGGUAUCUAAUGGCAAGUCCCUGAAACAACCCAAAAAAAAGACUGAGAUUAAAAAAAGACUGAGUUCAUGCUUCAUCGUCGUCUUCUGUCAAUACUAGUCUUUUUGCAGUUUCGACAACAUCUGAUUAAGGUAGGAUCCUUUUUGAUCCAGUUGUUGGUUCUUUUCGUGGUCCACUUGGCUCUACAGAAGGUCUUUUCUGGGUGGCACACUAAUUACACCAUCUUGAAAGGGCUGGCUUUGGGUCAAAUUGAUGUAUUGCACUUCCCUCCUCGGUGAUUCUGAGCAGAUUUUCAACUCUCCUCUCUCCUAAACAAUUUCUCCAGUCAUUGUGGACACGAUUCAUAGCUGAGAAGAUUCGUUCAAGAGUGGCAUUGCUAAUAGGAACAACUUACAGAAUCUCAACAAGAUGUAGGACAUUGCUGAGCCAUAGCGGAUGCUCUAAAGCCAACAACAGUGUUUUCUGAUAUUAAUGACAUGAUUGUUAAAGUGUACUACUUAUUCUUGACUUUCACCCACGUGACACCGCACUUGACAACGGUUGCUAUCCGCCAUUACUGUGCCCCUCAAGCGUAAACAAACGGAGAUAUAUAGUACUUUUACUCAAUAUGGUUCAUUGUAUAGUGGUUGGAUGUGCUUCUAAAAGCGGAAAAAGUCGUGUUAGCUUUCAUACAAUACCCAAGAUUGUAUCAAAUCAAGGAGAAGAGCACGAAGAACUCACUAGAGAGAGAAGAAGGCGCUGGAUUUCAGCAAUAAGUCGAGGCGAUACAGAGACGAAGAGAAUCCUCGACAGUGAACGAGUAUGUGGGUUACAUUUUGUGACUGGAAAAGCUGCAGCCUCUUGGGAUAGAUAUCACAUCGACUGGGUGCCAACUCUAAACCUUGGAAAGCCACAAGCGAAGCAGCCUACAGUCGAUAAACAAAAAGAAGAAGCGAGUUUGAAGGCUGAAAGGGCCAAGGAGCGCAGGAAGAGAAGCAUCGAGCGUCAACAAAUCGAAGCAGCUAAGAAGAGAAAAGAGCUGGAACAAACUGGUCUGACUGUGCAAAACAUAGAUUUUGCUAUUGCUAGCACAUCUACUGAAGAUGUUUCAGGCCUAGACGCUCAUUCUGACGAAGCUUGUGGCAGUACAAGUUAUGAAUAUUUUGACGGCGAUGAGACAGAGAAGGGAAUUCAAACAGUCGUCCACGAAAUGAUUGAUCGUUCCACUUCAACGGAGGACUUUGAAGUAGUUUCUGAAGGCAGGAGAAAUAGAGGAAUGCAGACUCAAGAAUUCAAUUAUUUGUUUAAGAACUCUGUAUAUCAAGCUCCAGAUAAAGACUUCUUCCAAUCUCCAGAUAAAGUUCGUUUUUACACUGGAUUGUCUUCGUUUGAUAUACUAAUGGUAGUGUUUGAACAUGUUAGCCCGUACGUAUCACGACGAUCAGAUUUAACCAGCUUGAACAGCUUUCAAGAAUUUAUCAUUGUUUUGAUGAAGUUACGGUUAAAUGUACCAUUUCAAGACUUCGCAUACCGUUUUGAGGUGUCCUUAACAAGUGUGUCAAGGAUAUUCACCUCAUGGAUACAUGCAAUGGACUCGAGGCUGUCUUGCUUUAUUCAUUGGCCUGCAAGGGAACAGCUGUGGAAAACUAUGCCAAUGUGUUUUCAGUACACCUUUGGUCGUAAGGUUACUGUAAUAAUUGAUUGUUUCGAAGUUUUUAUUGAGAAACCAACAAACCUUAUGGCCAGAGCUCAGACCUUUUCUUCAUAUAAGAACCACAACACUGUUAAGAUUUUGAUUGGAAUCACACCCCAAGGCACUAUCUCAUUUGUUUCUGAGGCUUGGGGAGGAAGAACAUCAGAUAAAUUUCUGACUGAGAACUGUGGAAUCCUAGAAAAAUUGAUACCAGGAGAUACUAUAAUUGCAGAUAGAGGAUUUACAAUUUCUGAGAGUGUUGGUUUGAAGCAAGGAAAGCUAGUGAUUCCUGCAUUCACCAAAGGAAAAGCUCAGCUGCACCCAGUAGAUGUAGAGCGUUCAAGAGGCAUAGCGAAUGUUUGGAUCCAUGUGGAGCGAGUGAUAGGUCUACUACGAAGGAAAUAUACUAUAUUAGAAGGAACACUCCCCACUAAAUUCUUGAGUUGUGAUCAGAACGGUCCCACAGAAAACCAGGUACCCAUAAUAGACCGUAUUCUAAGAGUUUGUUCAGCCCUUGUAAAUUUUUGCCCAUCAAUAGUACCAUUUGAUUAGCUAGUUUAAAUGAAUUUUUAUUGUUUUCUAAGACAAUACCCUGGUGGAAAUCUUUCCCAGAAUCCUAGUAGAUAUUGGAUCUUUAAUCAUCCUAUCAAGAUCCUGUGGGACUCUAAGACUUUGGUAAAUCCUAAUCCUGGACAGAAUCCUGUUUGGGAUCCCGAUAGAAUCUUACAGGAUCCUGGAAAAUAUUUUCACAAGGGGAGUGCAAGAAUUAUGUACUAGACUAAAGAUCAACCACUUACCUCUGGCCAAAAUACCUAAAUCCAUUUUUGGACUACUUGAUUACUUUCAGCAUAUACAUUGUUGCUAUUGUAAAUAAUUAUUGAUAUUUAUUAAUAGAGUGGUCCAUUUGUGUUCUUUUAUUUGUACAGCUACUCACCAUACUUUAAUCAAAGGUUAAUGUAAAUCAUUCUAACUAAAGCAAUAGCACUGAAACUGUGAAACAAGGACUAACUAAAAAGUACAAAUAGUACUAAUUAAGCAAUAGAAAACAAAGGAUUUUGCUACUAUUUGUCUCUAUAGUUAAUAGUAGACAUAUUUUAGUUAUUUCAUGGUUUAAGUGUUAUCGCGCUAUUGGACAAAAUUAUUUAGCUGCUUAUCAGGUGAUCUAAAACAGCAAAGAUACAUGUUAUGUUAACAAAAAGUUUUUUUUGUAAACAAGUGUUAAUCAUUUAAAAAUCUAUGAUGUAAAUGCAUGUCUAAGUUGGCAAAUAACAAACUCAUAGUUGAAGAAAAUACUCCUCGAUGUUCAAUUGGUUUUAUUGACAAAGAUGAGGAAGUCCUAUGGCAAUACAAUAAAUCAAGGAUUAUAAUUAAACUGAGGAUUACAAAUAACGGUAACUAGGAUAUAACAAAUGAACGCGUAGGACUUACAUGAAUAAUGUUCAAAACAAGAUGGCCGGCUGCUCUCUUCUGAGCCGGUCAGCGGUCUUACAUAAGACCUAGGCCCUAGCGGCCAGCGUCACACACUCUUCAAUAGUGACUGGUUUUAAACUAAAAAGCAACAACAAGAUUGUUGAAUUUUUGAAUCAAAUAUUAUUUAUAUAUCUAAAGUCAUCUUGCACAUUGUCAAUAUAAUAUUAAGAACAGGAACAAAAUAAUUUCAAUAUUUAGCAAAAUUAUUUCAAAACAUGACAAUAUUGCUUAAAUUCAUAUCUCUGGUAAAUUCUAUGGCAAAUUAUUGUAAAUUUUAUGUAUCAUUGUGAAUGAUUUCACAUUAUUUUACACCAAUGGAUAUGCAAAUAUGUUUUGUUAUUUACAAAAUUCAGUGAUUUUUACUGCAUUUAGAUUGAAAACAAUUUAACUGCAAAAUAAAAAGGAUUAAAUAUU